UUAUGCCGUACAGCUGCCUCGAAUGCGUGGGGUGGCAGAUGUCUUUCUCAAAUGUCAGCGCCCAAUGUCAUUGGGAAGAUUGUGAAUGGAGGCCAAGUCGGCUCUGCAUGGACCUUCAUGAUCGACGAGGCCAAUCGCGAGGAAGAUACCGAUGUCUAAAUCCUUCUUAAACUAUCUCCUAUGAAUCUGUUGUAAGAAAAAAUUAUUUCUCGUUGUGGAAUAAGCUCGUCGAAGAGAAAAAGACUCUAAAAAAUGGCGUACAGACAACAACCAGCGGCUCAGGACGAACUGGAGCUGGAGACGAUGGCGGAGGCCGAGCUCUCGAGGUUAAAGAGGCAGUAUAGAAUAAUGGAGAACGAUCGGGCAGCAUGCGCUGAAGACGCGAGAUUACAACUUCACAAUCAGCAGAACAUGAUCGAGCGCCUGGAGUAUGAGAAGGCCGAACUCGUUCUGGCGAUCAAAACCGCAAGAUCGAAAGCGUUUACUCGUAAAGAUGAGAAGAUGGAUGAGAAGUUGAAGUGUUUGCUAGCUAAACGAGCCAAAUAUAUUGAACUGAUAGAGACUGAGAAGCAACAGAUAAACGAACUCGACGAGCAAAUUGACAAGCUUUCGAAAGAAGUUACAAGUCUGAAGAUGAAAGUGCACAGCGAUACUCAAUCGAAAGAAAUAGCGGCGCGACACAGUAAGGCGAUAUUCAUGCUGGAGAACCGCGUCGAAGUGGCGACGAAGAGGUUCAACCUGGUGAUCGCGGAGAACGCGAGACUGCGCGCCGAAAUCGAAACCUUUCUGAAAGAACGCACGCAAUUCACGCAGAUGUGGAACAAGCUGAUCGGCCAAUUGAACGUCGGCAAACAGAUCAUCAACGAUUUGAUUGAACAGGCGACCAUUACGUUCAAUCAGCGAGACGAGGAGCUCAACAAGAUCCAAGCGCUUCGCGAGAGGGGUAUAAGGGACCUAAAGAAUCACACGUCGGAAAUGUGCGAGCUGAAGAGAACCUUGGACAAUGAGAUGAAGCUGCAGGAGUUUCUCGGUGUAAAGGGACAGUUUCGCGAGAUGGUCGAUCUGAACGCGAAGAAGGAAGCUGAGAGACAGGCUAAGCGAGAGGAGAAGCAAAAUAAGAUAGCGGCUUUCACACAAAUUUUGCAGACAAUCAAGCAAUUUACCGGUGAGCAAGAAAUUGACAAACUUACGGCGCACUUCAUCAAGCAAGAAGAGGAGAAUUUCGCACUCUUUAGUUAUGUGAAUGAACUGAAUGAUGAACUGGAAAGUCUUCAGGCGAGGAUGGAGCAGUUGACAGCAGCCAUUGAUGAGGCACGUGCCCAGAAUGUGCAUCGCGACCAGCAGCAAACUGAAACUUUGGAGAAGAUUACCGUAGAAUUGGAGAAACAGACAGCACUGGCGGAUGCUGCUGAAGAAGACCUCAUACAGUGUAAUGAUGUGAUGGAUAAGUUACUACGGGGGAUUGAUGGCCUCUUCAAGGCGAUACGAUGCGACAAUUCGCCGAUUUUAGAAUUAUUGGGUGACAAUACUCAUGUAACUAUGAGCAACGUCAUGCUCUACUUAGGCAUUAUCGAGAAACAGAUCACCGAAAUGUUCCACAAGGUUUACUGGAUGGACAAGACCAGCAAAGUGCCGCAUUUGCGGAUAGACGAGGAAAGGCGACCCAGACUGAAAGUACCUACUGUUAAUCGCAUCGUACCUACUCAACCUUGCGUCCUGUAAGUCCUUUUACUUCCCUCCUUACUCUUCCCUUCAUUCUUGAUUUGAGGACCAUUGAGUAUUCUCGGAGAACCGCAUUUAGUCCUAAACGUGGCAAGAUCCAUGAUUUCCGUCUUAUACUUAAAAUAUCAGAGGAAAAAAGUCAGAUAAUGGUUUUAUUAGUCAAACACGUUUAAGGCUAAAUGUGCGUAUCAAGGAUACAUAAGUCGAUUUCCUCUGAUAAUUUUAACGCAACCCUCGGAUACAGCUGCAUAGAGCAAGAACAGAUGCAGUUCGUCUCAGAGGGCCUUGAGAUACCGCUGACACGUGCCGAAGCCAUGCAGAAAC